AUGCAAGUUACUGUGGUUCAGAUAUGGGUUCGGUUUGAAAUAUUCUUCGAUUUGUUGUUUACCUUAAACACCGCGAAAAUUCAACUAAAAUACACAAAGUUAUCUAUCCGUCUGAAACAGGUACUGACUGAAGCAUACCGCAACAGGCGAAUCUCAAAACAAGCCGAGGAACUUACCGGCCAGGAUUUGGUAGACUACGUAAAUCGUAAGCAAACUUUGUGGAAGGCAAAGAAACACCAUCGUUUUGACAGCUAUCCAGAUCGCACCAAAUGGGGUUUGAUGGGUGUGAACCAUGUUCGAUUGUCCGUUGAGGCGAAGAAACAUCUGUCCCACACUAAAGAUUUGGAUAUAGAUAUACCAGAAAGCUUUGAUUCUCGAGAAGCAUGGCCACAGUGUCAAUCUAUAAAGGUUAUUCGUGACCAGUCAAGUUGCGGUAAGUGUUAUGAUGAUACACUGAUUUAGAU